AUGGGUUCCCUUCCCAACCCUCCUUCGUCCCCCGGCCUCAAUAACGACACCCUCCUCAUUGCCAUCCCACAUCCCCCCGACCCUAACUGGAUCGCCACCCAGGCUUCACGCCACCCAGGCCUCAAAAUCCGCUGGUAUGAAACCGAGCGCACUCUAGGCACCCCUCCGAAGCCUCUCCCAACCGAUACCUUCGACGGCGUCACCCUAGUCUGCACCAACUGGCCGCAGCUCAUUCCCCCCUUCGCCAAUCCCAACAUCCGCUUCAUACAGCUCAGCUCGGCCGGCGCAGACCGCUGGGUAGAUCACCCGCUGUAUAAGGACCAGAAUGUGAUGUUUUGUAAUGCUAGUGGUGUUCACGCGCGCUUGCUGCACUUGCCUGUGCACGACUCUCCCGGCCUGCGAGCCGGCAUCCUAGGCUAUGGGGCCAUUGGCCGGCACGUCGCUCGCCUCGUGUCUGCCCUCGGCAUGGAAGUGUAUGCGUACACCCUACGUCCGAGACCAACACCCGAGUCGCGUCGGGAUAACAGGACGUAUCUUGUUCCAGGGACAGGCGAUCCAGACGGUGUGAUCCCUGUCAAGUGGUUCCACGGCGAGGAGAAAGAGUCCCUCAAGCGGUUCCUAGAGGAGGGGUUUGACCUCCUGGUAUUAAGUCUCCCCCUCACAAAAGCUACAGAGUCUCUAUUAUCGACGGAACAAUUUGACAUCCUUGCCACAAAAGGCAAAGGGAAGACAUUUAUCGUAAAUGUGGGGCGAGGCAAGCUUAUUGACACCCAGGCGCUCCUGGAGGCGGUCAGAGGGGGGAAGAUUGCGGGGGCGGCAUUGGAUGUGACAGAUCCGGAGCCAUUGCCGGAGGGGCACGAAUUGUUGAGGGAGGAGAGGGUGUUUGUGACUCCGCACGUUAGUUGGCACGCACUUGAGUACCUUGACUAUGUCAAUGCGGCAUUACAGUACCAACCAAACAUCUACAGGCAGUUCCUCAAUAUCGUGAUGGAUUACAAGAACCAGAGACUUGGCAUGCUCGGAGCUAUCCAUCAAGUUUCUGAUUUCUAUGUCAUGUAUCCUGUUUUGAUUCAGGGUUUGAUUGCCUUCUUUCUGCCAGAGCUUCACAUCGCGUGUGAUGAGGAGAUUGCAGAGAAUGCUGUUAGUGUCACAGGGACACGGCAGUUCAAGGAGAAGAAGUAUCCUUGA